AUGGCUAUCCUCGCACUUGUAGAGGACCGCCCUACGCCCAAGGAGGUGUACAACUGGCGCGUCUACUUCUGCGCAAUCAUCGCGUCUUUUGCCAGUUGCACCAUCGGUUACGACUCUGCCUUCAUCGGAACUACCCUCGCUUUGCAAUCCUUUACUGAGGAAUUCCAAUUUAGUACCUACAGCAAGGAUGGCUUGGCUCUCCUCAAGUCCAACAUUGUCUCCGUCUACCAGGCUGGCGCCUUCUUCGGAAGUUUGUUUGCCUACGUCAGCAGUUACUUCCUCGGCCGCAAGAAGAGCUUGAUGGUCUUCACAACGAUCUUCCUCCUGGGCGCCGGCAUGAUGCUUGGCGCCAACCGUGAGCGAGGCCUUGGUCUUAUCCUCGCUGGCAGAGUCCUCGCGGGUAUCGGUGUGGGCGGCUGCUCCAACAUGACACCCAUCUACAUUUCUGAGCUUUCGCCCCCUGCGGUUCGUGGACGUCUUGUUGGAAUCUACGAGUUGGGCUGGCAGAUCGGCGGUCUCGUCGGCUUCUGGAUCAACUACGGUGUCGAUUCUACCAUGGCGCCUAGUCACUCCCAGUGGCUCAUUCCUUUUGCUGUCCAGCUGAUCCCCGCUGGCUUGUUGCUCGUUGGAGCCCUCUUCAUUCCCGAGUCGCCCCGCUGGCUCUUCUCCAAGGACAGGAGAGAGGAGGGAUUGAAAGCACUGUGUUGGAUGAGAAACCUGUCUCCCGACGACCAGUACAUCGUUGAGGAGUUGAGCUAUGUUGACGCCGAACUCGAGCGAUACCGCACAGAAGUUGGCGCUGGUUUCUGGAAGCCCUUCGCGUCGCUCAAGAACCGCAAGGUCCAGUGGCGCUUCUUCCUUGGCAGCAUGCUUUUCUUGUGGCAAAACGGCUCUGGUAUCAACGCCAUCAACUACUACAGCCCAACGGUCUUCAAGAGCAUCGGCAUUACUGGCGCCAACACUAGCUUCCUCACAACUGGCAUCUUCGGCGUUGUCAAGACUGUUGUUACGUUCGUGUGGCUUCUAUGGCUUAUUGACCAGCUCGGUCGUCGCAACCUUCUCAUGAUCGGCGCCAUUGGCGGAUCCCUGUGCAUGUGGUACAUUGGUGGCUACCUUGCUCUUAACCCGGCCUCUGCCAACACCGGCGGCGGUCUCUCCGGUGGCGGCAUCUCUGCUAUGGUUUUCUUCUACCUCUGGACAGUAUGGAACGGUACUCCUUGGGUCAUCAACUCCGAGAUGUUUGACCAAAACACGAGAUCGCUCGGACAAGCAAGUGCAGCUGCCAGCAACUGGUUCUGGAACUUCAUCAUCUCGCGUUUUACUCCGCAGAUGUUUAACGCCUGGGAUUAUGGAGUCUACUUCUUCUUCGCCUCCCUCAUGCUUUGCUCGGCCAUCUUUAUCUUUUUCCUCGUGCCCGAGACAAAGUCUGUGCCUUUGGAGAUGAUGGACCGUCUGUUCGAGAUCAAGCCCGUCUGGAGAGCAAACAAGACUAUUAUGGCCCAGUUGGCGGAUGACCCGAACUUCAGAGAGUACUCUGAUGCAAGGCUCGCAGAGAAGUCUGACGAUACGGAGUUCAACCAGGUAGAGAGGAAGGAGAGCGCUUAA